GAAAAGGUCACCACCGCAUUGAAAAAGAUGACCACGAGCAUUAUGGAGUUCGGUGAGGUCAUGGCAGAUGUUGGGGCAAACACCUCUGUUGUUGAGAUUAUAAAAAAUGUGUUCAGCAACUUAUCCGCCACUGCCAACCUCACCCCAAGCCCGAAUCCAACCCCACCGGAAAACUUACUGCGAGAUGAUGAUAUCUACAACCAACCUAGUUUCUUGGAUGCGGUUGCUGAACUUGAAGCGGCAUUCCUGGCAACAUUGAAGAACAUGACAACUGCUGACAUACCCGCACCAACUUUUAAUCUCCUGACGCCAACUAGCCAUGACGCUACUCCCGAAGAGGCCCCAAGAAAUGCAACUCCACCUGAAACAACACCACCUCCGCCCGAACCCACAUCUGAACCCCGAGCAGCAACUCUAUCAGCAUCACCCACCACACCACCACCACAAACAACCAAAGGAAACACAGCAGCAGCAGCACUUACCCCAAUUGCAACACUCUUGGAGAAUAUCAUUGAUGACAUAGCUGAUGGUUCACCCCAAUCACUACCAGCAACUGAACAGAAAACUCCAGAACAAAUUGAAUUUGAUAGCAUCAUUGCUGAAUCUGAAGAUGAUGUUGAAGAUGUCAAUGUCCGGAAGAGGCUACAGCGAAAGUUCAAAAACCUCCCUCUGGCUUGUCGAUCCCCGUACAGGACAAGCAACAUUUCAAAGCUCAAGAAUGUUUCCGUCAGGGAAAAACUGAUCUCAGACUAUGCAUUCCUGCCAUCAAAUGAAACUGAGUACCCGUAUUAG